CGAUCACCGGCGGUGGGUUACCGGCUAGAGGAAGUGGUGUUAACGGAAUUCCUAAAGGCAAGCGGAAGGAGGCUUUUUUUUACUGAACACGCGACGGAGAGCAUGGAUCCGCCUGGAGCGCUGGCAGAUCGUGUGACACCUGUGUGAUCGUGGGCUUAUAUACACACACGUACACCUGCCGUGAUUGCACACCGGGAUAACGGCGCCCGUGCUGUCGGUUUCAAGUCACCUGUAGCCCUGUGUCACACGCCGUGCCCGGGGGUGCGCAGUGUACAUGGCGUGGGUUAAACUGUUCCGCCGGCAGGCCGGGGGCAACCUGGGGAAGGUUUACCAGCCGGGCAGCGUCCUCUCCUUGGCCCCGACUAAAGGCCUCUUCAACGAGCCCGGUCAGAACAGCUGCUUCCUGAACAGCGCCGUGCAGGUUCUUUGGCAAUUGGAUAUAUUCCGAAGGAGUUUACGUGGACUAACUGGACAUGUCUGUUUAGGAGAUGCUUGCAUAUUUUGUGCAUUAAAGUCGAUAUUUGCGCAGUUUCAGACCAGUCGUGAGAAGGUCCUGCCGUCGGAUGCUAUGAGACAUGCCCUGGCGGAGAGCUUCAAAGAUGAACAUCGCUUCCAGCUUGGCCUCAUGGAUGAUGCGGCUGAAUGUUUUGAGAACAUUCUUCAGCGGAUUCAUUUUCAUAUUGUCCCGAACAGCGAAGGAGAUAUGUGCACUUCAAAAUCAUGCAUCACCCAUCAGAAGUUUGCCAUGACCCUGUAUGAACAGUGUGUCUGCCGAAGCUGUGGUGCCUCAUCUGAUCCGUUGCCUUUUACCGAAUUUGUUCGUUAUAUUUCUACCACGGCUCUUUGUAAUGAAGUUGACAGAAUGCUCGAGAGACACGAACGCCUCAAACCAGAGAUGUUUGCCGAGUUACUUCAGACUGCUAACACCGCAGACGACUUUAGGAAAUGUCCGAGCAAUUGUGGCCAAAAGAUCAAAAUCCGUCGAGUCCUGAUGAACUGCCCAGAGAUUGUAACAAUCGGUCUGGUUUGGGAUUCUGAUAACUCCGAUCUGACAGAAGAAGUUGUACGGAACCUGGCUACUCAACUUUACUUGCCGGGGUUGUUUUUCAGGGUCACUGAUGAGCAAGCAAAAGAAAGUAGACUUUACCUUGUGGGUAUGAUCUGCUACACAAGCAAACACUACUGUGCCUUUGCCUAUCACACUAAAAGUGCCAGAUGGGUUCUCUUUGAUGAUGCAUCAGUGAAAGAGGUUGGAAACAAAUGGAAAGAUGUGGUCACAAAGUGCAUUCGCUGUCACUACCAGCCACUGCUUCUGUUUUAUGCUAACCCCGAUGGUACGGCGGUAACUACAGAAGAUUCUCUAAGGCAGGUCCUACAUUGGUCUCAUUACAAGAGAGUGUUCAACAAUGAGAAUGGAGGCAGUGAAAGAAUGCCGUGUGGAUCAAAAAGUCCAGAUCAUGGCAGAGAGGAGGCUGCUGAGCAUAUCUAUCAGAAUAGUGGCCCCAGGUUUCAGAUGGAGGAUUCUGGAUUUCAUCGGGGUGUUCAGUCAAGUGCUGGCAGAGGACCUGUUAAACUGAGUCGCAAUGAUCCGCAAGAAAAGCUAAAGGACAUAUCCAGGGAGUGUGCGCAAAGAGCCAAUAACCUGAAAAGCACGUCGUCCUCUCAAAGGAAAAAUGUGGAUAAACAACAGAAGAGAGAUAUUCCCCGAUCCAAGGAGACAUCUAGUGGAGGGGUAUACAAUUCAAAGCCCUACACAGGAGCACAAUUAAAGUCUGGUUCUUCUCCUCCUCGAAAUGGUUUCAGACAGUAUCCUGAGCCACAUGUUUACAGUAGCCAAGGGAAAGGACCGUACAAGCAAGAAAGACCUGCUCAUCAGUCAAGAGAGACUUCCUCAGUUACAGGACAAGUUCCAAUUCCUGAACCGAAACAAGUAGCCAAAGUGAAAAGUUCCAGUUCCACUGGCUACGAAACAGACAGCAGCCAAGACAACAGAGAAAGGGGCAACAUUCGAAACCGGAAACCUUGGAAACCCAUGCGGGAAACUCUAAAUGUGGACAGCAUAUUUAAUGAAAAUGAAAAAGGCCCACAAAGCCCUGGGCAUGCAACAAACGCUAACGGUAAACACCAACCUGCCAAGGACCAGACUUUUAAUCCUAACUCUAAGGACAGCCCUAAACGCAAAGUCCUAAUGACCAUCUAUGAAGAUGAGAUAAAACAGGAAUCUGGCAGCAGAAGUUCAUUGGAGUCUGUAGGGAAGAACCAGGCAGAAAGGAUCAAACUGAACUCGGAUUCCAAGGCUUACCACCUGGACAGCUGGCAGAUGCAGAGGACCGAGUCUGGAUAUGAGAGCAGCGAUCACAUCAGCAGUGGAUCCAGCAAUCUGGAUUCUCCUGUCAUUGAAGGAACGAGUUUUGCUGAUUUAAAAAGCAUUCCAGAAACCAGCUUGUACGGUGAUCAUCGUCAACUGGGAAAUGUACUUCCGACCUCCGGGAGCCAUUUCAAUGGUUUCAACAAAGAAAAUAAUGGUUUGGAGCACAGAUAUGCGGAUAAACUUUCUCCUGAUGCAUGUGAACCUCUUCACAGCCCUGCAUGUCAAAGGAAACUAGGUAUGGAUUCCAAAAGAGACCAACGACCUCCAAACCUUUUGUAUGGUACUAAAGAUUAUGGUGUGAAAGAACUUCACUUGAACAAAUCACUUGAUCCUCAGGAAAGUUCAAAUCAGAUAAAUGCUGUAUGUUUAGAAAAUCGCUGUUUGCACCAUGAAAAUUCUCCAUCUCAAAGAGACACUCCAGUAGCCCCAGGAAAAGUGCAUUCCACCGGUGGAUUCAUGAAUUCUCCAUUGCAACUUCCUGCCGCCAGCGCUUCCUUAACAGGAAGUUUUUCACCACAGGUCUCACGAAAUAGGCUGCAGCAUGUAAAUUUCUUCCAGUUUGGUGAAAACGACGUUUGCUGUAUGGAUCAUCAGAAUUUAAAUAGUAUACCUCCUCCAUUACCCCCUAAAAAAUACCUAAGAAACGGCGUGCAAAGGACUGAACAAAAUGCUGCACCAACAAUUAAUUCUAGACUUGGAGAACCCUUGUCCCGUCCUCAUGCAGUCACUUCAGAGACCUUCUUACCCAAUGAUUUCAUGAGACCAGAGUCAGAUGAAGAUUACUAUCCGAGAAAAGAUGCAGUUUACAAUCAUGAACUCCAUUUUACUAAACCAAACUUGGCUGGCUCCUCUGCUUAUGACUAUCGAUCAAAGCUGGUUCCACAUGCCUUAGGAUUAGAUCCAGGUUCUCCAACUGGAAGUGAUACAGUUUCUCUGACAACAUAUUUUUCUGUUGACAACUGUAUGACAGACACGUACAGACAGAAAUACCACCAGAGGCCCAGGGUCUAUGUUUCGGAGAGUUCUGGAUUCCACAGGGAUCCCUUUCAGCUAACAGAAAGCAUGGUGAAUCCAGCAUACCAUCGGACACUUGACCACACUCAUCCUUCUCUCGUAUCAAGAUCCAAACCUUCGAUAGGAAAUUUACCUUGUAAUAGGUAAACUGUGGUGAUUUUGGUGACAUAUUAACGUGCGUGCUAUGAAGCAUACUCCUUAUGUGUUUCAGUUCAUCAAGGACAUUAGAGAUUGGAACCACGUUCUGUGAAACAAGUUUGGGUUUGGUUGGAGUUUGGUCAUCUCAAAGUUGUAAUAGAACUGUAUCAACAAGGAACUUACAGUUCUUUAAAAUGUACAGAUAAUGUACGUCAGUAGAACAAGAAAUCAUUUCAAAAUGAAAGUUAGUAAAUGAAAUGGCUUGAUUUUUUUGGGGGGGGUACUCGCAGUUCUAUAAUGCAUAUUGCACAUCUGUAACUGUGUCUUGUAUCAAGCUCUUGUAUUGUAAGUCUUUGUGCAGUUACAUAGUCCUAGCUGUCAUAAGAAGUCUUAAAUUUGGUAUGGUUCGGAGAAGAGCCACGAUUUAGUUAAUAUUUAACAAAGAAAAAAAAUGCUCACGCCAAAAGACCACAUUAGCAGCUAAUGGCUAUAAAUUAGAGCAAUUUAUUAGACCGUAUCUGGCUAUAAGCUGCACUUCUUCCCCAAAGUAAAGAAUGGAAAUACAGGACGGUUAACUAUUUCAGUGCCACAGAAGUGAGCAGCAUAAGUCCUACAAAACGUAAUCUACCGCCAGGGCUGUCUUUUACUACAGAGCAAACGCUCUGGCACCUACUGGUGAUAGUUUUAAACACACUCCCCCAUCCCCAUACAAACCAAAAAAUAUAUGCAAAGUCAUUUAAGGCAGAAUAAAUAA